AUGAAGUGCUCUGCGUGCCAAGUAGAAAUAGGUGGAAAUAUCAAAGCUCACUAUGCUUCGGAAGUGCACAAGAUAAAUGUCAAGAGGCAGAUUUAUAAUGCACCUCCAAUAACAAUUGAAGAAAUCAAUGCGGACCAGCCAAGCGACGAUGUGUCCCUGGAGAUUAACGGCCUCGAUGCUGAAGAAAGAAGUUCCAGGAUGUGCUCUAAAAAAAGAAGCCCUUCUAGGCAGGGAGGUACCGCCUCGGGAUCAGUGUGCUUGUUCUGUGACCUUCCAGAAGGCACUAUUCACUAUAAGAGCCACGGGCUAUCUGAUGAGGAAAUAGCAUACAUCAACAACAGGGUCUGUUAUGUAUGUUAUGAGGCCUUCAGUGACUAUGAUGGUCUUAGGAGACAUAUUUCUUCAGGGAACCACAGAAGCGCAAUGACUGAUGGCGUGAAUCUCAUACUAGAAAAUGGGAAGGUUAUUCAAGGGAGAGCCCGCUCUAGAGUUAGGGAGGAAGAGCUCAUACAGAGAUCUGAAAGGGCAAAUAGAAUUACUGUAGUGAAAAGCCUAAUGAAGGAGGAUAAGAAAGGUAUUAUGAAAAACAAGAAUCAGCUAAAAAUUUCGCUUUCGAUGAAUUAUCAACCACGAUUUAAGCCAGACUGGAUGCAAUAA